CAGAUAUAAAGUAAACGUUUUGACACAGGAGAAUGCAGAAGGAAGAGCUGAGAUGAGCUGCAUUUAGAAAAAAAAGAGCAGCCAGUACUUUACAACUCUGAAUGGAAAGGAAAAUAUAACACUAACUACAUGAACAAACACCCCAUCCUAUAAUCAAAAGAGUUGGAAAGAUUCUACAAUGGAAUAUUCAGGAUAUGGAGCGGUCCCCAUUAACAUCGCAAUGUCCAACCCUACCAACAACUCUAGGACUAACAGCACCUGCUCUCUGGAUAACCAUACCAACACAGUUGUUUUUUCUGUGCUCUACAUAGUUCUGUUCAUUGUUGGCGUAAUAAUGAAUGGUUUGGCAGUACAUGUAUUUUUCCGGAUACCAAGUAAUUCAAAUUUUGUUAUAUUCUUGAAGAAUUCAGUCAUUUCUGAUUGUCUCAUGAUCCUGACUUUUCCAUUUAAGAUUCUAAGUGAUUCGAAACUCGGGCUAUGGAAGCUAAAGGGCUUUGUGUGCCAAGUCACGUCAGUGAUAUUUUAUUUUACAAUGUACAUCAGUAUUAUAUUCCUUGGUCUUAUUACAAUCGAUCGCUAUCUAAAAACAGUCAGACCAUUUCACAACUCUCAUGCAAAUCUGCGUCCAGUCAAGAUUAUAUCAACUUUAAUAUGGAUUAUAAUGUUUUCAAUUUCCCUACCCAAUAUGAUUUUCACUAGCAAGACUCAAACUCAAAAAAAUGUGAAAAAAUGUUACCUGCUUAAGUCUGAUUUUGGAUUAAUGUGGCAUGAAAUUGUUAACUUUAUCUGUCAAUUCAUUUUCUGGGUUGCAUUUGCGAUUAUAGUGGUCUGCUACCUUCUUAUAACCAGGAAACUCUUACAGUCAUACAAGAAAACUAGAAGUGAAAGAAGAAAAUCGAGAAGAAAAGUCAACAUCAAAGUUUUUAUCAUUAUUGCCGUGUUCUUUGUUUGUUUUGUUCCAUUCCACUUUGCUCGGAUACCAUACACAUUAAGCCAGACAAGAGAUGUCUUUCAGUGUUCUGCAAAUACUCUUUUCUAUGUCAAGGAGAGCACCUUGUGGUUAUCCUCUCUAAAUGCAUGCCUCGAUCCUUUCAUCUACUUUUUCCUCUGUAGAUCAUUUAGAAACUCGCUGCUGGCCAUGUGGAGAAAAAGGCAGCUCUGUGUCUCAUCUUAUGACAGUCCACGAAAUGCAAAGAGAAUCAAAAUAAGGAGAGAGGAGACAAAUAUAUAGAAAAAGAGGGUGUCCUUUCUGCUACUUUAUACUAGAGUUACAUAAUAAAUCACACUUAGGGGCUGAUUCACAAAGGGUCGAAUAUCGAGGGUAAAUUAACCCUCAUUAUUCGAC